AUGGCGGGUACACUUGAGAGCAUCACGGCGGCGACGCAGUUGCGUCGGGCUGUGAUGGAGGUCCAGAAGGAGUUGGACAAAAAAAGAGAGUUGUAUAUGGUGCGCAUGGCACGCGUGCGGGAGGUCGAGGAUGUCAUCGCGGCGGAUCGUUCCAGGCUGCAGGACAAACUUGUGCAGUACUACAAAUUCAUUCAAGAAAAUGAAAUCAGGCGGGGGCGGGCGGUGCGAAAGGCCGCCACAGAGGAACGCAUUAAAAGGGAGCGGGAGGAACAGAUCGUGGAGCUUACGGCAAAGUUGGACAGUUUGAAUAAACGCCGGGAGGAGCUGCGGCACCAGUACGAUGCCUACGCAAAGUAUCAGCAGUACCUUGAGGGGGUGCUGCAGCGCAACGACUGCGACGAGUACCAAAGUCCCCGCGACAUCAUUCAGCGCUGGAACACGCUGCAGGAUAACACGAAGGUGCUGCAGCGGCGCAAGACGCAACUGGAGGAGGAACUGUUGCGCAAUAAGAACUCUCUGAACCUGAAGCGCCAGAAGAAAAACAACGAGAGCGUCGAACUGCAGAAUCAACUCAAUGAGCUGCAGGCGACCUACGAGACGAUGCAGAAGAGCAUAAAAAUUAAGCAGGAUGAGCUCGAACGAUGCAUCAACCAGCGAAGCUCCACCUCUCGCACGGUAAGUCACGUCCGAAUGGCGUGCAAAAAUCUCUACGACCGCUGCAUUGCGUGGACGGCGCCGUACUCUGGUCGGGGGAAGUUUGAUGUGAGGGAGGCUGAUGUAUUGUUCCAGCUGCACGUGAUUGGCGAUUGUCUGCGGGACUUUCGAGAUGUCAUUGCGGCGCACCACAACAGCCAACAGCAGCAGCAACAGCAACAACAACAAAUAGCCGCGAGCCGCGCAGAAAAAGAGGAGGAGGAUGAAUGA